AUGAUGUUAAUCAACAGAGCUGGUACUCAGCCGGUACUUGACGCUGGACAUGGAUUAAGACGCGAAAGUCUCACGAACGAGCGCUCAGUCGCUGAUGCACUGCCACCGAUCGAGGAGCAGCCUGUUUCAAAAAAGCCGCGCUUGGACAGCGGCAAACCCAUUUCCACAUCUGAAGAAAAUGAUAGAGAAUCCUUAGUUCCAUCACUAGAACUGCCUCCUUUGAAUGACAAUCUCGAGGUUGUGCAGCCAUCUCGAAGAAGAAAGCCUUUGCAGUCGAUAGAUACGAACAGCUUGACUAUUUCUUAUAUUUCGAUGAAAGAAAUGCAAGAGGACUACUCAUCAUUGCUGAAAACGCCAGAGGAGUUGAGAAUCAAUGUUGAUAAGCACCCAACUCUACACGAACUUCUAUUGCCUUACCCAGCAUAUGCAGGGAAAAGAUUUCCCAAGGCAUGUAUCGGACUUUAUCGCAGUAGAUAUGGCGAUACGAUGACUUUCAAAGAAGUCACGACUGGAAAUCUGAACGAACCGGCCCGUGGUACGGCUACGGAUUCCGCUAAAGAGCGCUCUCAGCGUGCCUCUGGAAUAGCUUAUGCUUCUUACCCCACACCACCGAGGGUACGGGAUGCUGCAGGUCGCUUGAACCCUCUUGGUGACCGCACUCAUAAUCAUGAUCAGUCUUCCGUUUACCGAAGCCCGGGAAUGUUCAAGUUGCUGAAGACUCCUGAAAGGUCAGCUCAGUUUCCUUCUGUUUAA